AGAAACCCUCCUUACGACCACCCCGGAUUUAAGACCAACCCGCUAAUACGACCGAUUUUUUUCAGUCCCGAAUUUUUUGUUCUUUAUUUUAAUGGUCGUUUGAUUCACAUUUAAGACCACCCCGGUUAUCCACUUUUACGACCACCAAAUUCAGUCCCAAUGGUCAUUUAUAGUUUAAUUUCAACCCUGUAAUUACGACCGAUAAAAAAAACAUCUACGAGCCUCUUUCAGCUGCGAGCCUUCCCGCGAGGUGUACUAGAUUUUGACACGUGUUUGCAACAUACACAAACCGAUUUGCGGUAUCCGCUAAUUUAUGCAAACGUGUGAAAAACUUCUGCUAAAUGUUGUUAAUUGUUAAACAAACAAAACUGGAUUAAAGGGCUGAUUAAAGGUCCAGGGUAUUCUGAAACGUAAGGCAGAGAUUAUGGAAGGGUAUGAGUCAAAUCAAAAUGUAGACAGAAAACGCAUAUGUCAACGUUCGCCAAUGGAGGAAGUAAACACACUUAUGUGGCAGUGGUUCCAAACUGCUCGUUCACAAGGUAUACCAGUGUCUGGUCCCAUGCUACAGGAGAAAGCACUUGUGUAUGCUAAAGACCUAGGGUUAUCAGAUGAUGAUUUUAAGGCAUCAAACGGAUGGUUAUCAAGGUUUAGACAACGCCAUAAUAUAAACUUUGCGUCAGUGUGUGGGGAAAGUGGUAGUGUACCUCAGGAAAAAGUAGAUGACUGGAUUCAGAGGUUGCCAGACAUAGUUUCUGGUUACAGGUCAUGUGACAUUUAUAACAUGGAUGAAACUGGACUUUUCUUUCGUGCACUUCCAGAUAAGUCUUUAAACAUGCGCGGCGAUCAAUGUAAAGGUGGGAAAAAAUCAAAAGAUCGCAUAACAGUCAUGCUCUGUGUGAACAUGGAAGGGACAUUUGAAAAACCACUAGUGAUAGGGAAAUCAGCUAAACCAAGGUGCUUUAAAAACAUAAACACAAAGAACUUACCUGUAGAUUGGAGAUACAACAAGAAAGCAUGGAUGACUAGUGGACUAUUUACUGACUGGGUGAAGGAUUUUAAUGCUAGAAUGAAACGUGCUGGGCGCAGUGUUUUGUUAUUGUUAGAUAAUGCUCCAUCUCAUCCUCAUGACUUGAAACUAUCAAAUGUGAAACUUGUGUACCUUCCAGCCAACACUACAUCAAAGCUUCAGCCUCUUGACCAGGGCAUUAUUCAAAACAUGAAACAGAUCUACAGGAAGAGAUUGCUAAGAUCAGUGCUUGCUAAAAUUGACAAUGGAUCUACUGUGAGUGCUGAUGAACUUUCUAAGAGUUUGACUGUCUUAGAUGCCAUUCAAUGGACUAGUUGUGCGGUAAAAGAAAUAAAGCCAGAGACUGUCACUAAGUGUUUUAAGGCCUGUGGACUGACUGUCGGUGAAAGUGUGGAUGUGGAAGAUGAUGACGAUGAUGACAAUGUGCCUAUUGCGGAAUUAGUAGAAUUGAUGAGAACCGCUCAGUCAAAAAUAUCUGUUGAAUCUGUGAUGACGCCAGAGGAUUACAUUAACAUUGACAAUGAAUUGAUAGCAAAUGAUGAUAUCAGUGAGAACUGGGAGAACGAGCUUAUUGAAGCUCAUAAAUCUACAGGAUCUAUAGAUGUAGAUAACGAUGAGUGUACUGAUGACUUAGAACCUGGUACUGAGUGUUUAAUCAAUUCCCACCAGGAUGCCCUUAAGUGGAUUGAACAGCUCAAGUUGUACUGUUUCAAAAAGGACUUAAUGACUAUGUUGCCAGCAUUUGACCAAGCACAAGAGGACUUUGAAAAACUGUCAGUUAAUGUUAUGUGUGGAUCAAAACAGUCAACUUUGGAUAGGUUUCUUGUAAAGUAAAAAUUUAAAAAAAAACCUGCAAGAAGAAUAUGAUCGACUUUUGACAACAUCUGAUAAACAUGAGUUGGCUUGUGACAUUAUUAGAGAAACAUUGAAGAACAAUCUAAAUGCUAAUGGCUAUUUUAGUGCACUUAAUUUAUGUACAUGUACAUGUAUGUUGAGAUUUUCAUAGUUAAAUGUUUUAUAAAUAAAUGAAGAAUAAAAAACAUUGCACAUUAUUUUAUGACAAAUGAUUGAUUUAUUGCAAUAAAGUUAUGUAAAAUGAAAAUUUUAUUUACUUUAUCAAAUCCUGAAGUAUUUCCCUCAAAUGGGACAGGAAGUAUAUUUACCUUGUAGAUCUACAGUAAGGAAAGAAUUCAAACAAAUAACCAGGCUAUCAUGCUAAAACUCACUAAUCAGACCACCCCGCAAUUAAGACCACUUUAGAGCAGUCCCAUGGGUGGUCUUAAUUGAGGGGUUUC